UUCUGAUUUUAUUGACUUCUUAUUUCAGUUGAUGCGAUGAACGUGAGCAUGACAUGGGCAAUUUGAAUUUUUCAAAAAUUACCGUUUCACCCAAAAUCAAGAUAAAACUUCAGAAUAUGACCGAUUGGCACAGGUGCUACUUUCAUUAGAGUUUUCUCGUGAUCUGUGCAAAGAGUGUCGGCUUUGCUCUUCGCAUGUUUUUUAUGUUGCUAGAUCAAUAUUCUUAUGCAUGGCUGGUUUGUCUAGAAUGAGUUUUUAUCGAAACAUGCGAAAAUUCAAUUUUUAUCUCCAGGUUGCUUUUCCGGAUUGGUAAUGGUCACAAACUCUUGAUUGCUGUGAUGCAUCUAUGGUCUUGUUUCUUGUCCUGACCACAGCAAAUCGUUUCGAAGAUUCAGUUCCCCUGUUGGUGGGUGCACCAUUCUCCUGAGUCGAGCUGUUGAGACUUAGUUGCGAUUCGAACUCAUCUUGUUCGUCCUCGUCCUCCUUCACAUGUGCUACUUUCAUUAGAGUUUUCUUGUGCUCUGUGUAAAGAGUGUCGGUUUUGCUCUUCGUAAGUUUUUUCUGUUGCUAGAUCUAUAUUCUUAUGCAUGGCUCGUUUGUCUAAAAUGAAUUUUUAUCGAAAAAUGCGAAAAUUUAAUUUUUGGUAGACCUAGUUGGUGUUCAACAUUUUUCCGACCUCAAUUUUAGAUUUGACAAAAAAUAAAUGCCCGGUGGAAAUUUAGACGAUCUUCUGUUAGAAGAUCCUAAGGAAGACGGGCAUAAAUUGACAGAUGAUCUGACUGUACCAGUUGGCUGGAAAGAACCAGUAUUUACAAAAGAUGACAACCCUAGUGGCUUAUUAGAGAAGAGCUCGUUUUCUACACUUUUUCCAAAAUAUCGAGAAAAAUAUCUGCGAGAAUGUUGGCCAUUAGUUCAGAAACGCUUAGAACCCUUCGGCAUUCGUGCAACGCUUGAUCUGCUGAAAGGUUCUUUGUUAGUUGAAACAACCAGGAAAACAUGGGACCCAUAUGCCAUACUUCGUGGAAGAGAUUUUAUCAAGCUUUUAUCCAGAAGUGUGCCUUAUGAGCAGGCUACUAAAAUUAUGGACGAUGAGAUGUACUGCGAUGUAAUCAAGAUAGGAGGAAUGGUUAGAAAUAAAGCAAGAUUUAUCAAACGGAGGCAAAGAAUCGUAGGAGCUGAAGGAACACAUCUAAAAGCUAUUGAGCUGCUGACAGGAUGUUAUGUGCUUGUUCAAGGCAGCACUGUGUCUGUUAUGGGGCCGCACAAAGGAUUGCAACAUUGCCGUAAAAUAGUCGAAGAUUGUAUGAAGAACAUCCAUCCAAUUUACAACAUUAAACGCCUUAUGAUUCAGAACGAGUUGAUGAAGGACCCGAACAUGGCGAACGAAAGUUGGGAUAGAUUUGUACCUAAUUUUAAAAGUAAAACUUUGAGUAAACGCAAGAAACCGUUUAAAGUGAAGCAAAAGAAAGAAUACAACCCAUUCCCCCCAGAACAGCCAAAAAGAAAGGAAGAUGUCGAAAUUGAGACAGGAGAAUGGUUUUUGAUGGAGAAGGAACGAAAGCAGUUGAAAAGAAAAGCCAAGCUAGAAACACAGACUGAAGUAGUCACUCAGAAGAAAGCUAAAAAAUUGAAAUCUUUUCAACCGCCAAAAGAAAAAGAAUACAAACCUGCAACUGAUGCAAAUAAAACAGAAGGAGAGAAAAAGCCGAAGAUAGACGUCGAGGCGUUGAAGAAAAAGUUUGCAAAAAAUAAACCGAAGAAAUCAUCAGCGAAAGAAGUUUAACUGCAGCUGCAGAUUAGAAUUGCAAUUGAUGAGAUAUCUUUUUGACCGCGAGAUAGAAAGUCGAGCAUGAGAAGUUCAAUGAAAACUUUAAGGAGGCAUUCGUAAACUAUUGUAUCUUGAAAAAAAAUCCACUGAUUAUUGAAUGACUUCUAUGGAGAGUUUGACGUUAUAGAUAUGCUCAGUUUUUACAUUUUGAGGGAGCGCUGAAUUAAAUAUUUUUUGUUACA